GUCACUUUUUAGCUGGGACCUUCCAUCACACCAGUACACACUUUUAACAUCUCCUCCAGUGAACAGCAAAAUGAAUUGGCACAAGUUCACAUCCUCUCUCUGCCUUGCUUUGACUGGUCUGCUCAACAUGUCAGUGGCUCAGGUUUCUGGUCCCGCAAAAGAAAUCACUUCCUUAGGGAUCCCUGGUAAAUUCUUUUUAGUCCAACUGAACUAUUCCUGGGGCAAGGCUAGAUUUUACUGCAAGACCACCUACCAGGAUCUUGCAGAAAUUCCACCCAAAGUCCUAAAUCCCCAAAUGAAAUCCACGAAGGCUUGGAUCGGAAUGAACCGUCCCACAGACUCGCUGGACUGGCUGUGGGUCAGCGGGCAGACAGCUAACAUCACACAAGCCGGGCUGGCAAAAGACACAGAUUAUUACCCAGACUGCAUGGCUCUCACCAGCCUAGGAAAGUGGGAAAAAACAGACUGUGCACAGCAGAAUAACUUCAUCUGUAUGGACAACGCUCCAAGCACGACAAAAGCUCCGAAUCCCACAAAAGCUCCGAAUCCCACAAAAGAAACCACUACCCCAGCAGUCUCUAGCAGACUUUCCUUCGUCGAACUGAACUAUACUUGGGGCGGGGCUAGACAGCACUGCAAAAGCAACAACCUGGACCUUGCAGAACUUCCCCCCGCAGUCACAGAUCCCAAAAUGAAAUGGACGAAGGCUUGGAUCGGACUGAGCCGUCCCUCAGACUCGCUGGACUGGCUGUGGGUCAGCGGGCAGACAGCUAACAUCACACAAGCCGGGCUCUCAAAAGACACAGAUUAUUACCCAGACUGCAUGGUCCUCACCAGCCUAGGAAAGUGGGAAAAAACAACGUGUGCACAGCAGAAUUACUUCAUCUGUAUGGACAACGCGAAACCAAAAUCCAAGAGCACUGUGGGACCAUUUUUGGGUCCUUCCACUUUGACUGGCCAGAACCGCAGCAGUGCCUCUGUGGGAAGAGUCACAGCAGAUCCCAAACUAAGUCAAACUAAACAAGGGAACUGGAACACAACUCGGAAUGGGAAUGCAGGAGGAAAAACCGUGGCACCGAACCAAAACAUGACUGCAAACAUCACCGUCCUUAACUUGCUCAGCAAGGCUACCUGCGUGGUCUCACCUGUCACAGGCUUGCUAACUGUGGCUGUGGUCUUCGCGUCUUCCGUGGUCAAGUUUAGCUAAAAAAAGAUUCGAACCCUCAGCACGGAGCAAAGGAUACGAUCGCCGGACAGCCACCGCUGCAAUCAGUCUGAUUUGGAUUUGUUCUAAUUGAUUUAUUGAUGAAUUAGAUUGUCGAAUGAAUGAAUUAAAAACCACAUAUACACACAUUAAUGACUUACUAACCAUUGCAAAAGAAACUGGAGUCAAACCGGAGCCUGACUAAUUUAUAAUGAACUGAUAACGACUGAAGUCUUGAAGUAAGCACCCUGUAAAUUUAAUAAUAAUAAUAAUAAUAAUAAUAAUAAUAAUAAUACACAAGAUAUUUGAAAAGGCUGUUUGAAAUGUCCUGCACUUUUCUGUAUAAGGAUUUGAAAUGAUAAUGCCAUCCACACUUAGUGCAUUCAUAUUGAUAGGGUUGCUGGGUGAAUCAAGCCUUUGUUCUUUAUAUUAGUUCAAUCUUCACCCAACUUGUGCAAUACCUUAUUAAGCCCCUUUCUCUUAAACUUACUGAAUUACAUAUGCAUGAAAGUAAUGGUAAAGGUGCACAAGUACAAUAUAAAUACAAAAUUAUUGAGAACGUUUUGCACAUAAGAGUCCUUUAUCAGCUAAAAUGCCAGAGAACGUUCUCAAUACUUCUGUAUUAUGUUGUACUUUGUGCACCUUUUAAUAUUACUACAAGCUUUUAGUUUUGUUAAUAUUUAAUAUUCUAGUGUGCAUUGCAUUGAAAUCUUAUUUGAAAUAUAUAUAUAUAUAUAUUAGAUCAUAUUAAAGUUUGUUCUUGAUCAUUAUAGAUACUCAUGAGUUUGUGUUGUAAGGAAUUUAUUUAAACUUUUAGAAAACUUAUUGUUGCUAAGAUAUAUUGAAGAGUAAGCUGUGAAGGAGAUGGUGUGCAUUACUUUGCCACUAGAAUACAAUAAAGCUAGGGUUACCAUGUGGCUCCAGAUUAACCGGACGCUGUGAGAGAACGGGAUUUCAAAAUUCCCCUUAAAUUGAAAUAAAUGAAUGUGUAAAUGAACCAUCCUUAGCCACAAUUAAUAAUGGUGCUUAAAUACCCGCAUGCGCGUCAAAUAAUUGUAUUAUACCAAGAAUGAAUUGCAGCCAGUCGCUGUUUUUUAAUGUGUGUUAAAAUUAAAUCGCCCAUAUUAUUCUGCAAAUACAAUCGCAUCACCAUCUCGUUGCUCUAUCAAUAAAUUAGCUAUUCGUUCAUUAAGAUCUGAUCAGAAGCAGCUGAUCAGUGUGACUUGUUUGCUGCGCCCAAGCAAUUCCACCACAGCAGGAUUAAUCUCAGCAAAGGCGGAGCUCAUUUAUACGUGAAUUACUUUCAGUUUAGGGGGAAUUUUGAAAUCCCGGUCUGUCUCAAAGCGUCCGGUUAAUCUGGAGCCAUAUGGUAACCCUAAUAAAGCUGUAAUCUUCCAGCACACACCUUUAUAGAAGUCUCUCAUAGUAAAAAUGUAGUAAAGUGUAAUAAAGCACUCAGAGGUGCGGUAAAGCUUAUUAAUAAACAUGGCAAACGAGGGUAAACUCUGGUAGAUGUAGAGUAUAUAUAACUAUAGGGAAAGCAUAGGGGAGUGCAAUAUCACUGCAAAAAUCCAGCAGUACAUUUUUAUAGAGGAGAACACACACAGAUGUUUCUGUAAAUACCGUCAAAACGUUACAGAAGGUUAUUUCACCAAUCUAUACACAGUGGCGAUUUUUAAAGCAUUAUGCAGCUCUGGGGGGAAGCCAGUAACCUGACAUUUGCUGCCCCAAGAUAACCUUUAAAAAUGAGUGGACCUUAGAGCAAAACUACAACUUCAAUUUAAAACAUGAUACCCAGUACUAGCUCUCCAUAUGCGUGGUGGAUGCAAUCUAAGGGUGCUGUAAAAUGCUCUAAAAUCCAGCUGUGGCUUAUCAGGGUAUGGGAUGAUCAGAUCCCACAGUGCUAAUGUUUUAUUAAUAAUGUGUCCAUUUUGGUGUAUCAUAAUCUAUUAAUAACAUUGUGGUGUGUGUAAUGAACUGAUCAGUGUACUGGAAUGGCGAUUUUGACAUGAUACUGUUCUAUACAUUAAAUAUAUUCAAUACA